GUAAGACAAGCGGAAGCAGGGCGUCUUUGCCUUCGUAAUUACUCCGUCGUUCACAUUAAUUCCCUUCCUUCUGCUUUUAUUGCAGUCAUAAUCCGCAUAUUUGCUGCUAAAAUGGCUCUCACAUACGAGGAACCACAACCAGAAAGUGGGAAAGGCCUUCCCACCCAGGAAAGUGGUGAUGCAGGUUUCUCAGCUGACAUGAAGCACGUCUCCAGUGACAAUUACAUUGCUGGAUGUGGGUUGCCCAAUGCAAAUAAAACGAGUUCUGUGAGACCCAUGUUUAUUGAGGCAGAGAUCUCCGAGCUGACAACGAAGGAAAUGCCAGUGGUGUUUGAGCCUAAUUACUGUGCGUUUACCGGGGAAGAGUUGGGUGAAGCGAGAAAGUGGAAGCAGUCAAGCCCUGACCCGGAAGAGCAACCAUUUCCAGGAAAGAUGGACGGAGGACUGAAAGAAGUGUUCGCUCCGUGCCGCCCGAGACAGAAAGCUCGGGAAAAAAUUCAAAAGAGACAUCCGAGGGUUCCAGGGAAAAGAAUUACUGAUCGCUACAGCACAAAAUUAAAGUGGAAAACCUUGAUUGGUAUGUGUUGUUCCAUGAUGACAAUGCAAUUAGUUGGUGUCUGUGAUGCGUCGGCUGGCUCUUGCUUCACCUGCAUGGACAAGGCCAGAUGUCCAGACCUGAUAACGAUAUAUGUGAAAAAUGAUCGUCUGGUCUAUGACAGACCCACUGAAGAAGAAAUCCCAAAGUGUUCUGGAGCCCCUCCAAUCACACAGAACUGCUUUGUGUGCCGGUCUCAGUCAGACGUGAACAUCUACUGUCCCAACAACAUCACAACAUUUGAGGCGGAGGAUUGCAAUGGCUCAAGAAUCACAAACAUCAUUAAAGGGUGUGAUGUGCAGCAGAAGUCUUACUCUGCACCUAAUGGACCAGCUAACAAAGCGAGUCCCACUCGUAUACUUACUGGACUCGUGUGUAUUUUGGUUGUUGCUGUUGUGAUGCUGCUCUGAAUCACCGUGAUCUACAUUGUCUGGAAGAAUCAAGAUGGUUGGUUAAAUUUUUCAUAGAUUUGGAUUCUUAAAUAAUUCUUUACAUUUUCUGAUAUUUUUUUUGUCUGAUAUUUUCUUUUUUUAAUCAUAUAUGCAUAAUAAACUCAAAAAUCAAAUAAUCCCAAAAAUAAAGUAAGUCAGCUGUGAUAUUUUUAAUCUCUAAUUAUUUCCAGUAACACCAUUUUGUAUUUGUUAACAUUAUAGGAAAUGUGAUGAAAACAUUAAAGUAAAUCCAGGUAGAAACUGCUCCCAUAGACACUGUUACUCCCUUGAUUCUUUUUUUGUUGCUUGCUAUUUUCCACUUGUGGAUUUGUAUUUUUCUUUGCAGUUAACUACACUUUUUAUUAUUGCUGUGAUUUGCUAAUCAAUCAAUUGCUAUGUCAAGACAAAAUUUUUCCGCUUACUUAAUUUUUAAAUGCAUGCUAGUCUUAUUGACAUAUUACUAUUUGCAAUUGAUAAACAAUAAAAAUACUUCCAACAUGA